ACAAGGCGGAUUAAAUAACAUAACAUUGGAUCGAUGGUUUGCUUCAUCCGCUGGUAGGCGUGGCACUGAAUCUACGUCCUCCAUCAUGACAGUCACCGUAGUGAGUUUAAUCCUUCUGGCCUCAGGGGCUUUAACUGCAGACAUCGUGGAGCCCGAGGACUGCGCCAGCUUCCCGUGCAUGAUCUUCGAGGACAACUUCGACUACCUCGACAACGAUAUCUGGGAACACGAGAUAACCAUGUCCGGCGGAGGAGUGAGUCUUUCUACGGCGGAACCGUUUUUUCGCAACGACGACUUCGGCACACUCGGCAACCAGUACGGAGGAACGACGCUGCACUGGGGACCUUUCUGGCCGUACAACUUCUUUGAAAAGACCCACGCCGAGUACUCAGCAAAUACAAGUUCCUUCGCCGAUGAUUUCCACGUCUGGAGGCUUGACUGGACCAAGGAUAACAUGGAGUUCUACGUGGACGACGUCCUGCAGCUGACGAUCGACCCUGGAAACAGCUUCUGGGAUUUCGCCGGAAUGGGUCCCUCCUUCGACAACCCUUGGGCGGCUGGAGACAAGAUGGCGCCCUUCGACCAGAAGUUCUACCUGAUCCUGAACGUGGCCGUGGGCGGCACGAACGGCUUCUUCCCCGACGGCAUCGCGCCCAAGCCCUGGUCCAACCUCUCCCCCACCGCCUUCCUCGACUUCUGGAACGCGAGGGACGAGUGGCUCCCCUCGUGGAAGGCGGGUGAAGACCGCAUCAGCGAGGGCGCAGCCAUGCAGGUCGACUACGUCCGCGUCUGGAAGAUGGAGAGCACCGAGCAGUAAAGGAUAACUUUAACGCGAUAAAAUAACAUAACAAUGGCAAGGAAACAGACAAAUCAAGAAAUAGAGAAAUAAAACUGAAUCAUGUUUCGAACUCGUCAAGAGUUCCUCAUCAGACGAACAAAUAGCCGAAAUCAAGUAAUCACGAUUCAGUUUCUCAUUUAGCCGUUUCCUUUUCACCUUUGUGCAAACGUUACUGUA